AUGUCCCCCUCAAAUGAUACCAAGCUCCACCCCUCCUAUUUCCUCCUGCUGGGAGUUCCAGGUCUUGAACAGAUGCACAUCUGGAUUGGGUUUCCUUUUUGUUCUGUGUAUUUGAUUGCCCUUGUGGGGAACAUCACUAUCCUGUUUGUGAUCAAGACUGAACGCAGCCUUCAUCAGCCUAUGUUUUACUUCUUGGCUAUGUUAGCCUCCAUUGAUCUGGGCCUGUCCACAUCCACUAUCCCCAAAAUGUUAGGCAUAUUCUGGUUUAAUUUAAAGGAGAUUAGCUUUGAGGGCUGUGUCACCCAGAUGUUCUUUAUUCAUAUAUUCACUGCCAUGGAGAUUGUCGUAUUGGUGGCCAUGGCCUUUGAUCGCCAUGUUGCUGUCUGCAACCCUCUGCGAUACAGCCUGAUUCUCACUAACAGAACGAUUGGUCUCAUCCUUGUUGUUGUGUUUGGUGUCAAUUUCAUUUUGGUUAACCCUCUGGUGUUUCUCAUCUUGAGACUUCCCUUUUGUGGACACCAUGUAAUCCCCCACACAUACUGUGAGCACAUGGGAAUUGCUCGCCUAGCCUGUGCCAAUAUAAAGGUCAACAUGAUAUUUGGAUUAAUUCUUAUAUCACUGGUGUUUGUUGACGUGGUUCUGAUCGUCAUCUCCUACGUGAGAAUACUCCGAGCUGUCUUCUGCCUUCCUUCCCAGGAUGCCAGACUCAAAGCACUUAAUACAUGUGGCUCCCAUAUCUGUGUUAUCCUAGCCUUCUUUACUCCAGCUUUUUUCUCAUUCAUGACUCACCGGUUUGGCAGGAACGUUCCCGUAUACAUUCAUAUUCUCCUUGCCAAUAUAUAUGUGGUUGUUCCACCUGCCCUCAAUCCUGUCAUCUACGGAGUGAGGACCAAGAAAAUUCGAGAAAGGGUUUCAAGCAUCUUUUUGAAAAGAGGCUGA